CUCUUCGACACAAUGUCGAGGGGUGAACCACGUUCAUCGUCUGUAAAGGGUCCACGUCCAAAAUUUGCUUUCGAAUACUAUGUAAUGACUGAAAUAUGAUUUUGAUGUUUAUGUGAAUCACAUUUUAAGUGUUACAAGUAAAAUACAAAGGAUUAAAUUCGAUGGAAGCUCGUAAACUACAAAGCAAGGAUUCAGUGAGAUGGACAGUAAGGUGUUUCUCUCGAGCUUGGCUUCUUACCAUCGUCCUGCUCUCAAAUUUCACCAGUAUUUCUUUUGCUGUGAAUAACUCGACCACUGUGGCUCCUUCAACUCAAGUACCAAAUAUCACAAUAUUUAAAUGUGAUUGGCAAGACCUGACUUUCCCCAUAGCUCUAGGACCAGCAAUUGCUUGCUCUUUGGCUGUUAUACUGGGUGGUUUUGAGUUGUUUGUAGGAUUCAAAUAUUUCCGGACAUCAUUAUUCCUGACUGGACUAGGAGGUGGUGCUUUGUUAACAUACUUUAUCUGUAUUGAGAGAAGCAGUCUAUCAACUCUAUACAUACUAUUGAUCACUGGAGCAGUGUCAAUAUUUAUUGGGAUAUUAUGCACCACUGUACAGUUCUGUGGACAAUUUACAUGUGGUCUUGCAGCAGGUUUCUGUAUUAGUAUGGCAUUUCUUCUUGGCUUUGCAAGUCUCUUUCCAGGUUAUAAUACAAUAUCAAUCCCCAUUGGGAUAAUGAUCAGUAUUUCAGUGGCAUUUGCAGGAAUUGCUGUCUGGUGGAAAAGAGCUCUUAUUGUCAUGUCCAGUAUUUUUGGUGGCGCAUUGAUUGCAAGUGGUUUGGAUUAUUUUGUUGAAGAUAUGUGGUUAUGCAGAUACUCUUUAAAGAAGAUCUUCCUUGUAACUACUGGUGGAGAGCUAUGCCUUGUCUCCUGGUUGAUUGGUGGUAUGUGGCCUUUGUUAGCUGUUAUUGGACUAUUGGUACAGUUUCUCAAAACAGCCAAGAAGCCUGCUAAACCUAGAAAGGACAUUUACGACAAACGCUACACCACUGGCUCACCCUUUUACUCAGCACCAGAGGACAUGGAAAUGGCUGAACUAAUUCCACAGUGCAGUACCACACCAAGUGAAAAUGCUUGCAAUGAAACUGCACAUUUAAAUGCUGAAGAAACACUUUAAACAUGAAAUCAUUAUAUAUAAGAUUCUAAAGCUAAUAAUCAUCACUAACUGAUCUAUUUUGCAUAAAUGUGAGAUAAUAAUGUAAACUACUGGUAGUCAUUGAUUUUCUAUUUUCAUUUUGCAUUCUGACACAUGCCAGGAUCUCUCAGUAAUUUUUAAAAUGAUAUAUAAAAUAUGAAUUUAAACUCUAAUUUUGUAAAAUAUAAUAUAAGUUUUAAAUUAUCAAUUUUGUACUAGAUAAAAUCAUAUGAUAUUUGGCAGGCCAAUAAA